AUGGCUAUUUUUGCACGUUAUGAGGCAUUAAGAAAAGAAAUCAAGGCCCUUGUGGCUGAAAACGAGGAACUCAAACAGCUUGUGUUGCUCCUUCGUGAGAACCAGGAGCUGAAGUCUGUCCUUCACAACCAAUUCAACGAGAGAAAUCUGCUGCCCGACUUUGAAUCCAGCCGGAUUGACCAACAAGAACCUUUAGCCAACCAGGCCUUCCUUGACGCUUCCGACGACUUGGAUCAAUCCCAAAAUUCCCAGAACGCCAGCUUGCGGCUGGGCAUUCGACAGCGACUUCCAACCGGCCUCAGCACAUCGUACCCUCUGUCCUCUCCUCCACCAGGAGCCAUGGCUGCCAGUUUCCGGGGUUCCCCUCCACGCUUCCAGUUCUGCCCUCCCACCCCCACAGGUUCCAUUUCAGCCAGCGGCGCUUCCAGCCCGAAGUUCGCCGCUCCUGCCGUCUCCCUCCGGUCCGCCAGCUCCCCGGGCUAUUGUCACGAGUGCGCCUUCCCGUGGCAUCCGCACCGGCCGCCUUCGGCCCCGGCCUUCUCCUGCGGCGCCCGCCCGCCUUUCCUGCCCUGCUGGCCCCAGCCCGGUCCCCAGCGUUUCCCGGCAGCGCCGGAUCCUUGCGCCCGCGGCAGCCCCGCCGACUACCAGGCUUUCGGCUUCGGCCCCGCGCCCGCCCAGCCACCGCCGCUCGCCUUUUGGAUGGGGGCGGCCGGCGCGGAGGCGGCGGCCGGCGGCGGCCUCUUCUUCGCCUCCCCGGUCCAGAACGCCUUUCCGGCCCCUCCGCAGGGCAGCCAGCGCCCCGCCGCUCCGCCGCAGCCCCCCGAGCCCUCUCCCGGCCCGGCCCCGCCGCCUGAGGUCGGGAAAAGCGAGUCCCCGGCUCCAGAGGAAGCCCCGCAGCCCCCGCGGGCGGAGGAGAGCAACGGCUCCGUCCAGCGCCAGGGCGCCGCCGACAGCAGCAGCAGCACCACCGGCACCACAGGGGAAGAAGCCAAUAAGCAGGAGCGCCUUGUGGGCGAGGUCGCCUUUCAGCUGGACCGCCGCAUCCUCGCCAGCAUCUUCCCCGACCGAGUCGGCCUCUACGGCUUCACCGUUAGCAACAUCCCUGAGAAAAUCUCACAGAGAGAAAAGGACCCCUUCCUGCAGCUAAGUCUGGAGCAGUCUGAGGCCGCCAUGGAGCGCUACAACAGCGUCAUGGACACCCUGAAGCCCCUGGGCUACAACCCCCAGCUCCACCCUAGCCUGACGGAGCGCAUAGUGAACACCUUUGGCAUCCUUCGCGGGCGGCCAAAAGCCUCCAGUCCCGAGGCAGCUGCCUACAGCGACGUCCAGCACUUGGAGGAGGUGGUGAAGAGCAUGGCCCCUGCCGAAAUGCGGGAGGAUUGCCUGCUGCUGCUGAGCUGCCUCCACAAGCUCUCGCAGGAGGACGGGAAGCCCCUCUUCAUCUGGUGA